GCAGCUUACCGGUCUGUCCACCCGAUGGCUCAGCGAAGACAUGCAUCCCGAAAAGGAAGCACUUCCGGUGCGCGCCUGCGUGCACCCCUCUGCGGUCACUUUGCCCGAGAAGCACACCACUCCAAUGGUGAUGGUGGCCCUGGGUACCGGCAUUGCGCCCAUGCGAGCUUUCAUCGAGGAGCGAGCAGCCGCCAAGAAGGAUGGUGAGGAGUGUGGACCCAUGGCGCUCUUCUUCGGUGCUCGAAACCGCCAGGAGUACAGCUACGAAGCCGAGUUUGAGCAGUACCAGAAGGAUGGCAUUCUGGAGCACAUUCAGCUGGCUCUCAGCCGUGAGCAGAAGGAGAAGAUCUACGUCACCCACCGCCUUCAGCAAAACAAAGAGCUUGUGUACGACCUGAUUCACCAGAAGGAGGGAAACUUGUACCUCUGUGGACCGGGUGGCAACGUCCCACCUCAGGUGAGGCAGGCAGUCAUCGAUGCCAUCAAGGACGUCGGUGGACACAGUGCUGAGUAUGCCGAGAAGUACGUGCAGGAGAUGCAGAUCAACGGACGGUACAACGUCGAGGCAUGGUAA